UUUGCAAGGAAACACAAGUUGUAUUUGGAGCAAGGUGCGCGAAAUCACGUUUUGUUUUCAACUUUGAUUUUGCACUUUCUGUGCAUUUAAUCACACCAAAGUCAUUUCAAAGUAAAAGAUACAUCGAAUUCAAACUAUGUGCUAUAGAUGGAAUCAUCUUGCAGACAUGAAACUAAGUUUGGAGAAUGAAGACAAGAUAAUAAGUUGUCAUUGUACAAGAGCAUUCAUCAAUGAUAAUGAAUUAUAUAGACAAGGAUUAUAUGGAAAAUUUGAUGACAGUGAGGAUGAAAUAGAAGAGGGAGAGGAGGAAAAAGAGGACGACCAUGAGGAGUCGAGUGAAAAUGAAUCUCCCAUUGAAGAGGAGGAGAAAGUAUGUGAACAGGAUGAGGAACUUAUGAAAGCCAUGGGAUUUGCUUCAUUUGGAGGAAGUUCAAAGAUAGAGCAACCAUCAAUAAAGAAAAAGAAGAAGAAUCAUGGACAUAAGAAGAAAAAACAGAGAAAAAGAAGAAAUAAGGAGCAGAAUGAAGAUGAUGGUGUUGUAGGAGAUUUACAUCCUUAUAAGGAACUAGACUUUGACACUGCAUGGGAGAGUUACUGGGCUCAAUAUGGAGAGUAUCUAGUAUGGGAGGGAUGGGUUAACAAAUAUCCAGAACAAGUGGACUUUAAUGAGUACAGAGGAAUGCCAUGUGUGUCUGAGAUAGAAAUAACAGCUGAUGGAGAAAUGGUCAUAGAAAAAUCUCCUGGUAGAAUUGGGGAGGAAGAUUCUGAACCCAAGGAGAGUUUUUCUGAAGAGGCAAAUAAAGAGACAAGCACAGACAAUGCUAAAGAUAGUGAAAUGUUAGGUCAAAAUGAAGAAGAAAGAAAAUUCGCUGAAACAAAGGAAACUGGAAAUUUACAAAAUAUACCUGAUUCAGCAGGCUAUUCUGGAUUUCAGACAUCUUACAACCGUGCAAUAGAAUCAACUAUGAACAAUUUAAAAGAAACAGAGGAUCAUAGUGAAAUAUCUGACUUAGAAUCUGCAGAAGCUAAUAAUUUAGCCAAUCAAAAUGUAGAAAUGGUUCACAUGAUGCAUUGUUAUUCUUCAGGUCCAGGUCAGAGUUCACAAACAGAAAAAUAUGAAAAUGAAGAAGAUGAAAACAAUGAAGAGGUAACAAAUGCAGAUGAUGUUGAAUGGCAAGAUUUAUGGAAUGAACAUUACACAGAGAAUUACUGGUAUUACUAUAGUCAGUUUAAAGAGGAAUUUCAAAAGUUAGAAGCAAAGAAUAACACAGUGACUGAAAAUCCUUUAAUAUCUGGUGAUAUGGAUUUACAUGCUGAAUGUGAUACCUCAGUACCAUGUGAUGUGGAGUCACAUGAUGUCUGUGGUACAUCAGUGCAGGGUGGUGAAGAGUCACAUGAUAACUGUGAUACGACAUCAGCACUAGAAUGCAUAUAUAUAUGUCAGUCAAGUGAAAAUAUGACACAUGCAAAUAUUUCUGAUUCACAUGGCUCAGUUGAAAAAAAAAGUACUGAAAAUAUUGAUAAUGACUCCAAAAAUAGCAUAAAUGAUGAUCUUACUCAUAGUAAGGAUUCAAAUAAUGACAUUUCAUGUUCAGUUGACAAAUGUGCUGAUUCUAUAGAUGAUGUUAAUGUACAAAAUGUAGGUUCAUCUCAUUCCAUUGAAACAGAAAAACAAAGUGUCACUGACUGUGAACCAUGUGAUGGAUCUGGUGGUGGUAAAAGGAAGCAUGCUAAGAAGUCAAAAGCUAAAACAUUCUCUUUAGGGUCAUUGGUGAACAAUUUAAGAACUAACCCUGAUUCUGCAAUGGGAAAUAUUAAUGGCAGUGGUGAUGGAGAAGACCCUCCUGAUGACAAACCUAUAGAACUGCCUCACAGUCACGAGGUAGAUGACGAGACUGAAGGCUACAAGGAAAGACUAAAACAUCUGGGAUUUUCACUGAAUGAAGAUGAUACAAAGCUAUCUAAAAAGAUGAAAAUUAAAGAUGGAAAAGUUAAAUACAAACAUCGUAAUGCCAAGAAAUCUACAGAAUAUGUCAAUUUAGGAAAGAAAAAUUCCCAUGUAAGGUUUGAUAGUGAGGGUAGUCUUCUGCAGUCUAAGACAAGUAAAGUUCUGGGUAAAGCUAAAAACUUUAUGGACUUAACAAAUACAGAACCAGAUUUGCAAGAUCAGCAUGACCCUAAUCUUCAACUUCAAUUCCCAGAUAACUUUAAAAUACUUAAUAAUUUGGAGGAUAGUGACUCAAAUGAUUCAUCUGUUUCUGAUAAUGAAGUUAAAACAAAAGAAAAAAAUGUUGUUGAUUCAAAAGGAGAUAAUGUACCAUGUGAUAAAUCAGAUGAUACACAGAUUCAGUCACAUGGAGACCAAUCAAGUAGUAGCCAUCUACAUAAGAUAAUGACAGAUGUACCUAUUGUUAAGUCUGAAAACCAAGACAAUAACAGUUUUACAGAGACUGCAAAUACAUUAUCCUUGUACAAUAACGAUGAAGUGAAUGAGGAGCUUAAUUUGUAUGGGUUUUUAGAUGAUAAUAUGGAUGAUGUUCUUAAUGAUACAUUUGAGGAGCCAGGUGAUGUAGAAAAUGUUCAACAGAAGAAAGGAAGGAAGAAAAGAAGGAGAAGAAAACAAAUGCCAGUUCCAGAAGAAAUAGAAAAUGAUAAAGAAUUAAGGAAAUACUGGGCUCAGAGAUACAGGUUGUUUUCUAAGUUUGAUGAAGGAAUAAAGAUGGACAGAGAGGGCUGGUUUUCUGUGACUCCUGAGAAGAUAGCAGAACAUAUUGCAGACAGAUGUCGCUCUGAUAUUAUAGUAGAUGCUUUUUGUGGUGUUGGUGGAAAUGCUAUACAGUUUGCUUUUACCUGUAAUCAUGUAAUUGCAAUAGAUAUAGACCCAGUAAAGAUAGAGAUAGCCAGACAUAAUGCUGCUGUGUACGGAGUGGAGAACCACAUAGAAUUUAUACAGGGAGACUUCCUGAAGGUUGGACCUACAUUAUCAGCUGAUGUAGUGUUCCUCAGUCCACCAUGGGGUGGGCCAGACUACCUUACUGCUGAAGUGUUUGAUCUGGAGACCAUGAUAGAAAUUGAUGGAUUAAAGAUAUUUGAUGUUGCGCAGAAGAUUUCAAAAAAUAUUGUGUACUUUGUUCCAAGAAACACAGACAUUGAACAGUUAACAGUAAUAGCUGGACCUGGAGGAAGGGUAGAAAUAGAACAAAACAUCCUGAAUAAAAAGUUAAAAACAAUUUGUGCGUACUAUGGUGAACUGAUACUCGAUGGAGAGGAAUAUGAUGCCGAGGAACCAGGUGAUGACAUAAAAAAAACUGAUUAUCAAAAUUUAAAAGAGAUUUCCAAAGAUGUAGAGCCAUGCGUUGAGCAACAUCUUGGAGAAACAAAUGACUCAAAUAAAGUUCUCAACAAAGUGAGACAAAGUGAUCAGAAGGAUAUUGAUAAUAUAGAAGACAGUAACACUGAGAAUUUCAGUCCUGUGCAAAUUGAACAACCUGAUGAUAUUGAGCAGAAAGAUUAAUCUGGGAAUAAUAUUCUUGAAAAAAAGAAGAAAAGAAAAACAGCAAAUCAAUUUAAAUUGAUUGCAUCUCUUUUAGCAUUGAACAUCGUCUGUCACAUAUUGAACCAUAUUUUUUUUUAUGUUGCUGUUUACCUAUUUUGUAUACCAAAUUAUUAAUGAAAAUUUUUACAGAAAAAAGUAUUUAGCAAAAAUUUUAUGA